AUGGCAGAACCCACCGGACCCAAUCCCAAUGCACCGCCGUUCAUUCCUGGAGGUCAAGCCUUUGGACUCCUCUCCCCAGAGGAGACGAUGGUGGCUAUGUCGCAGCGUGCGCCACCAGGCCUGGUCACCGGCUACAGCCGUCCAGCCCCUCCUACUGAGCCACCGCCAAUGCCACCUUCGGGCGCGCCUCCCAUUCCUGGAGUGAGCUUCGGCUUUGGGUUGUUGGGCCCAACCCUGGGACCACCCAUAGACCCGAGGAUCGCACCAGGUCGCCAACACCAGCCCAUCGGCGCCGGACCGAUCGGCGCGGUGGGCGGUGCGAUUGCUCCCCCAGGUGGACCUGACUGGGGGCGGCAUCCAAUGCAACCUCCCCCUAUCCAUCAGCAGCUUCCCCAACAACUGCCACAGCAGCUGACCCAGCAAAUGCCUCACCAGCAACUGCCUCAACAGCUCCCGCAACAGCUCCCGCAACAGCUGCAGCAACAGCAAUUCCAACCCAAAGCAGUGGGAUGUGCUCCAUUGACACCAGCUGAUGCCUUCCAUCCGGAGCGCACACUUUCUGAACCCGUCCAGCCUCAUCUGAAAGCCCCGGAGUUGCCCCGUGAGCCUCCCCCGUUUCGGGAGGUUCAUGAGGAACCGCCGCCCGUGAGAGAGGAACAGCCACGCGCAGAGCGCAAGCCCAGUGGGGAGAAGUAUGUGCCUCCACCAGCAAAGAGGAACUCUCAAGGUGACAAAGAGAAGGAGAAAGAGAAGGAGAAGGAGAAACCUGAGAAGCCCGAGAAGCCUGAGAAGCAGGAGAAGCGCUUCGAGUCUGCUGCGAUCGAGAGGCGCCGGAUCAGCUCUGACAGCUGGGAGGAGACCACACCAAUGCGGGCGGCGCCAACCACACCACCAGGUGCUGCUGCAACCGCCAAGAUUCAGGAGAAGGAGCCUACAAAAGUGCGCUCGGAUCUGAUCCGAGCUGUCUUUCGUGCCUGUGACACCAACGGGGACGACUGGCUGGGGGAGAGCGAGUUCCGCAACAUUGCCCGCUUCUACGGCUUUGACGGCAGCGACGAGGAGUGGUCAAGAGAGUUCAAGAAGCUAUGCGAGGAGAAGAAGGUGGACCCAAAAAGGGGCAUAGGCCAAACUCUCUUUGGCAAAAUGCUGAACGAGGAUGCGGGACUGCUUGCAACAAAUGAUGAACUCAGAAAGUGGCUCAAGAAGCUGGAGGACAACAACAAGAAGACCGGAGGGUCCAAGGAGGCGAAGGCUCAAGGAGGAGCUCCCAGAGAAGAGGAGGGAGAUGAGUUCUACCACAAGCUGAAGAGGACUUUGGAAGCGCAGGAGCGAAAGCGCUUGGAGGAGGAGCGGCAACUGGUGCAAGAGUAUUUGGACUACCUGCGCCAGAAGAAGCUACGGCAGCAGCAGGAGCGACAGCAGCGCAUUGCACGGGGCCGGGCUUUGGCGGCGGCCACUCGGCGCCAGGCAACCCUCGCUGCCCUGGAGGUAGCUGAGGUGGAGGAACUACCGGAGGUCCCCUCGAGUCCACCAUCCGUGAGGCAUCUGGAGGGUGGCAGCCCUGUGAGCUUCCCUGUUUCGGAAGAGCAAGAGGAGAAGGCAAGGGAGACAAGGCUUCUGACAGAGGAGUUUGUGCUCCAGGGUAAAAACCACAACGAAGUGCCUGAGAAGGUGGCGAAGUACUAUCGCAAGUUCCAAGGGCCGCUGAUGUUGAAGGCUCUCAAAGAGCUCGCAGCCAAAGAGGAGGUGAGCAGCUGGCGAUGGAACGAGGUCUUUUCUGUGCCAUCCAAGGUGGAGACGGAAUCUGAGAAACCGAUGGAGAAGGAGCAGAAGCGCUCCCGCUCGCAUCAAGCGCGGAAGCAAAGACUCAGAAUGAUGCAGCAGGUUGCCACAGAGGUCUUGAAAGCCAAACGAGAUCUUGGGGACUGCUUUCGAGAAGCUGACCUGCCAAGGACGGUGAACUGGUACAACAAGCACGGGAAUCUGGCGGACCCAAUUCGCCUCAACCAGGUGGCAGAUGUUUUGGCCGAGAUCAAGCCAAAUCAAGCCAUGAAGAUCCUGUACGACUUAGACACAGCCAAGGACAAGGAGACGCUGCAGGACCCCACCAAUUGGAUCAUCGCCGAGGCGCGGAAGCGGCGCCAGGCCAACGAGCAGCCCAAGGGCAAGGGGGAUGGAAAGGGUGAAGAGAAGGACAGCAAGAUCAAUCACAAGAAUGAUGGCAAAACCGAGAAGCCACAGGAUGUUCCUGAAUGGCGUAGCCAAGAUGCCAAUGACAAAAACGCCAAGGGCGCCAACAAAGGCACUGGAAAAGGAAAGGCUGAAGAGCCUGAGGAGGAAACAGACCAGUUCCGUGCGAAGAUGAAGCGAACCAUCAACUGGUACAAUCGCCAUGGCCACCUUUGUGCUCCAAUUCGCUUUCAGGAGGUCAUCACAACUCUCGGCAGCACGGACCCGCGUGUGGCCAUGAGGAUCUUGAACGACUUGGACCAAGCCAAUGCAGAAGCUGUGCUGAGUGAUCCGACCAAGUGGAUCAUUGAGGAGUGCCGCCGUCGCGUGCCUGGAGUGCGGGCGCCGAGCGCGCGCUCGAGGGUUGGGUUCAAAUCGAUUUGUCGCAAGUGGGCUCAGUAUGCGUGGUGUGCCGCGCGUUCUCCAGCCUAA